AAGCCUUGACUCUUUCAACAAGUACAAGAUUAGCUGAACGGGGACCAUUUCCCUGGCAUUUGUGGGGAAGAGGCGGCGUGGAGAUCGUCAUGUUCGGCAAGAUCCAUGAAAGAUGGCAGCACCCACGGGGCUGAGGACUGGUUUGCAUGUGCUUCGAUGGUUGAACUGGCCGAGAUGGGUGGCCUAUAAGUAUGGCGAGACGCUGCCGUACCUCUCAACCGCUGCCGUCCGCCAAUUCGAGCCUUUUUUUUUUAACGCUCAACUUCGAAAGCAAUCUCAAGCUUCAUAGCUGCUCUUCAGCAUCCAGGUAUUUUCAUAGCACAAUGGCUGCGCAGGAUGAGAAACCCAAGUUCAGCAAGCUUGGGACGAUCCCCGGACUUGCCCAUAUGAGUACGGACAUGUGCCUUCAGCACACGCGCGUGUGCGUGUAUUUUUUUACUGCGGGGGCGUGGGCUGACAAUAUCCCGUCGACAAAAAAACAGUAGGCAAGACGACGUUGAGAGCGUACACGUCUCCGUUCCGAAGCAAGGACAAGAAAGCACGCACCUACCGCCGCGACGUCGUCUACGAGCUGUUGCGGAACGCCGUCUCCGAUUUUGACGUGCACCAAGGCCAGUGGAUCCUGCCUGGCACGGAUGCUGUGUACAAGUACACUUCGAGGAGACAGAAGUGGAAAGCGAACACGGUGAAGCUGGAACAUGGCGCAAAGGGACAUUGGCUUGGCCAUUCGGAUGCGAAAUACGUCAUGGUGUACUUCCACGGCGGUGGAUACAUUGCUCCUUCCACGCCUGGGCACAUGAAAUACCAGUUCGCCCUUCAAAAGUAUCUUCGAAAGCAAGGGGUAGACUUGUCUAUCCUGUCGCUGUCUUACGUCCUGGCUCCCAAGGCCUUGCAUCCGUCGUUUAUUCAGCAAGGGCUCUCCGCGAUCAUGUAUCUUGUGGAGAAGACAAAUCGCGACCCGUCAACCAUUCUAAUCGCUGGAGAUAGCGCUGGUGGCAAUCUGGUUGCAAACCUCCUGCUGCAUCUUGGUCACCCGCAUCCGGACUGCACGCAGUACACCCUGACGAAGAAAUUGAAAGGGGCGUUGAUGAUCAGCCCCUGGAUCUCGUUUGAGACGGACAGUCCAAGUUUCCAGAAGAACAAGCACAGCGACUAUCUUACCAAAGUGGCGCUCAACAAAGCAAGCGCUGCCUUUAUCGGACCUGGGGCCAAGCACGACGCUUAUUCGCAGCCGCUCGAUGCUCCAGUUUCAUGGUGGACGGAGGUAGCUGAGAAGGCUGUCCAGCACGUUCUCAUCUGGGGCGGCGGCGGCGAGGUUCUCAUUGACGGCAUCAAGAAAUUUGCGGCCAACGUGAUCUCCGGUUUCGAGGAGGCCGCGGACGUCGUGGAAAAGAAGAACAGGAUACUGAGGACGACGACCGCCGAGGUGGAGAAGGAGCAUCCGCAGAUCGACACCCGCGCGAAGCUGGUGGUCAGUCCGCGCGAGGCACACGAGGAGAUGAUCAUCAACUACCUCUUUUACAUCAAAAAGGAAGAGGACGGCGGACGGCAGAUCAAGAAAUGGCUUGUGGACGUUCUGACGAAGAAGGACGAGACUACUGUUGACGAGCCCACCGCGAAAGAGGUCAAGGACGCCGUGACUGAAAAGAAAGAAGGUGUUUUGGACACGAAAGAAACGAUCGAAAAAGCUGAGGACACGCAGGAGAAGCAGGAGAAACAGGAUCUGGCCGAGGAGGAGAAAAAGAAGGCUGCGGAAGCGGCUGCCCCGAUUGCCUAGCGCGUUGUACUUUUGUCGCCCCUUAGUGCUACAUCCAUUAGUUGAUACCCAGAAUUUCUAAACCCUUGAAGAAGA